AUGAAGACCACCGCCUUCCUGUCCACUGCCGCUCUUGUCGUCGCUGUCACUCACUCGACCGCCACCGAAUGUGACAUGGGUGAGAUCGAGGGUUUGCUCUUUAAAAACGCCACCAAAGGCCUGGCCAAUUGCCAGAAUGCUACGGGCAUUGACAUCUUCGCAGUCGACGAGUUUCCCACGCUGGAUCAGGUCACGGAGCUCUCACAGAAUGUAGACUGCACAAACUACCUGAACCAGGUAAACCAGGUGGCCAACCAAGAGACCCAGUGCAACAUUACGAUCGAGGGCGUGAGCAUCAACUUCGGAACGCUCAUUGCUAGCUUCCUUACAGGAAAGACCGGCAACGAGUCCGACUCCGGCAGCGGCUCCAUUGAGAUUCCAAGUUCCAGCGACUCCGGAUCGGAAUCCUUCGAUCUACCAGCUACCGCGAGGCCUGCCGGUUCGAACGGCGUCUCAGGCGCCUACGCUCUUUCGCUCGUCGCCUACUGCGUCGCUACCACCAUUGCGCUGGCGUUGCUGUAG